AUGGGAUCUAACGGUCCCAACGGCGAGCAGGUCAAUGCGACUCGCGCUCCCACAACCGAGGCAGCUCUUCUGGCCGAACAGAACCAUUCAGCCAAAAACUACCAAUCCAUUCCUAUCGUAUUUGCGCGUGCCCAGGGAGCCUCCGUCUGGGACCCAGAAGGGAAUCAUUAUCUCGACUUCCAUUCUGCCUCCACUGCCCUGAACCAUGGCCAUUGCCACCCAAAACUCGUCGCUGCGCUCGUGGAGCAGGCGUCGCGGCUGACUCUCACUUCCCGCGCCUUUCACAACGACGUCUAUCCCAAAUUCGCAGAGAUGACGACCAAGCUGUUUGGCUACGACAGGGUCCUGCCUUCCAGUACAGGCGCAGAGGCUUCCGAAACUGCCAUCAAGGUCGCCCGAAAAUGGGCUUACAAGGUGAAGGGUGUUCCUCAGGACCAAGCCAUUAUUCUAGGCGCAGCGGGAAACCACCAUGGGCGAACCCUGGCAUCGAUUUCCUUGGCUUCGGAUAAUAUGUCGCGCGAAAAUUACGGUCCCCUGGUCCCCAAUGUCAGCUGUUCGGUCCCGGGAACUGACAGGCUAAUUGCAUUCAAUGACAAGGUCGCAUUACGGGAGGCCUUUGAGGCAGCGGGCUUUAACUUAGCUGCCUUUGUAAUUGAGCCAAUUCAGGGGGACGCGGGUGUUAUCGUCGCUGAUGAUGAUUAUCUCCAAGAAGCAAGAGCGCUCUGUGGCAAGCAUAACGUCCUGUUGAUUUGCGACGAAAUCCAGACUGGUAUUGCUCGAACUGGCAAGCUUCUCGGGCACUAUUGGAGUGGCAUCAAGCCCGACAUGGUACUUCUGGGGAAGACCAUGACUGGUGGAAUGUACCCCGUCUCCUGUGUUCUGGGCAACAAUGAUGUGAUGCUCACUGUUGAGCCCGGAACCCACGGAUCGACAUAUGGUGGUAACCCGCUUGGUGCGGCAGUGGCGAUGCGUGCUCUUCAGGUCGUCGAGGAGGAGAACUUGGUCGAACAGGCUGACCGUCUCGGCAGCCUGCUUCGUGCUGGUCUCAAAGCUAUUAAGGCGCAGACUCCUGUUGUUGAAACAGUUCGAGGCAGGGGGCUACUCAAUGCGUUUGUCAUUGACCAGACUAAGACCAACGGACACACUGGGAUAGAAUUGUGCGAGCUGAUGAAAGCGAAGGGACUUUUAGUAAUGAAAAUACCUGUUUCCUUGCGGAUUGAAACAUAUUGCUGA